AUGAUGUCUGGUGAUAUUUUCUCCCUUGCCAAUCCUCAAGCACCCAAUAACAAAAACAUUCUCCCACACCAAGAUCAGCUCGAAACAAACCCUAACUCCAGACCUAACCCGAACCCGAGCCCGAGCCCGAACCCCACCAAGAAGAGAAGAAAUCUACCAGGUACACCAGGUAGAAAGGAUAGUUUCAUCACACACCGAGCCUUUUGCGAUGCGUUAGCCGAUGAAAGCGCGCGAUUCACGAAUAUCGGAGCCAAUAGCUUCAACUUCAGAAGCCAAGAUUUUGUGAACCGUAACAACAACAACAACAGCAACAAUAAUAAUAGUAAUAAUAAUAAUUUGAUGGGCGGAUUGGGAUUUGCGAAUCCGAAUCUCGCCGAAGGCUUCCGUUCGCCGGACUUCGGCCCGAUUCUCGGAGGUGACCACCACAAGCCCGGCCUCCCGUUGUGGCUAAACCACCAAGCAAAUACUCAUCUCAACCCGAAUAUGGACCAAAGUUCCAAUCUUUUCAUGGCCCACGACAUGAUCCAAAUGGCUAAUAGCCCGAAUAAUAUUUUCGGGCCUCCGGCCCAAUCGAUGGGGACUACUACCUAUUCAAAUCUCUCUUUAUCUCCUUUGCAAAGCAAUAUGAAGGAGGAGCCAUUGAUGGGCGGGAAAAUGGUAGUCGAUCACUCUUUAGUUUCCUCGCUCUACGGCUCGGAAAAUAACGGGCCGGCCCCAAUGUCUGCCACGGCCCUUCUCCAGAAAGCGGCCCAAAUGGGGUCCACAAAAAGUGGGCCGGGCUUUUUUGGGAAUACUGUUGGGGUUAUGAAUUCGGGCUCGUCCCCAUCUUCUUCCUCGACCUUCGGGGGUGCUCCGGCGGGAAGGAGCGAGCUCCACCAGGUUUUCGGGGCGGUUAUGGACGGUUUUGACGGUGGGGCAAUUGGUCGAACACCUGGUGGGCAGGUUAGUGGGAGGGGGAUGCAUAGGGCGGCGGAGAGUGGCGGGCUGACGAGGGAUUUUCUUGGGAUGGGCGGCGGAGAAGGCGGGGAGGGAGGGCCGUUCUCGCCGCAGGAGCUGGCGAAGUUCGCGUCCAUGAGCUCGGCGAUGGGGCUCGGCGGCGGACACUUUACCGGAGAUCACUAG